AUGGGAUCCGAAAAAGUGAAGUUGAUGAGCAAGGAAGGCGAUGAAUUUGAGAUCACGAAGGAUGCCGCCUUUCUGUCCUUUGUGAUCGAAGAUGUUUUCGACAAAGCUGAUCCCAAUGACAACGAGCCGACUCGGCUGCAAGUAACGUCCGCCGAUCUGCGCCAAAUCGUCAAGUGGUUGGAGUACCACCACGAGAAUGAGGAGACAGUAGAGAACCUGAAGACCAUGACACCUGGCGCCCACUCCAUCUCCGUCUGGGACAAAGAGUUCUUUGACUCGUUUCAGUCAAAAGACGAAGUAUUUUCUCUGUUUGAAGCAGCCAAUUACAUGAACAUUCCAAAGCUUAUCAAGGUGUGCGCCAAGUAUCUGGCCAAGUUCAUUGAAGAAAACAGCAGCACUCCUGAAGCUUGCUUUGCAGCUUUUGAUGUGCCAACAGAGUAA